UUCACAUGGCCCCUAGCGUAUGUAAUGCUUUCCACACUAUAAAAGGGAUAUUGAUUUAUGAGUUUUAUCAGUGGAUAGAUACUAUAAGAUCAUUUCUCCACUUCCACUCUCUCUCCCUCCUCAAUGUCACCCUUGUUGUUAAAGAUAACGCUUGUGCUGCUGUUUAUGUCAAUUAUUAUUCCUCAAAAAUCAGUUGGGGAAUACGAGCAAUGGUGCAUAGCAGAUGAACAAACCCCAGAUGAAGAGUUGAAGGUAGCCCUGGAUUGGGCAUGUGGGGAAGGUGGUGCAGAUUGCAGUAAGAUUCAGGUAAACCAGGCUUGUUAUUUUCCAAACACUAUGACAAACCAUGCUUCCUAUGCCUUCAAUGAUUACUUCCAAAGGUUCAAGCACAAAGGAGGAUCUUGCAACUUCAAAGGAGCUGCCAUGAUUACAGAACUAGAUCCAAGUAAGCGUUAUCCAUUGACAGUUUUUAAAAAAAAUGAGCGAAUCCCAUGUGCUUAGAAAGUAGAAAGUGGGAAAUUCAUGUGGUUGGUCUUUGGUCAUCAUGUGCUGCUUCCUUUUAAUGUAAUGCGUAAGAAGCAACUUGCAUCUUAGAUAUACUAAAGCAAGAAAAAGGAAACAAAUCAGAUAUUCUAAUAUUUAGAAUGUAAUUUCAUUUAUUAAAAUAGAAUUUAUUUUACUUAGAAA